AUGCAGUCCCCAACUGCUCGACCUCUUCCCCCCUUCGGAGACCCGGCUCUUUCUCCUGGACACUCUUCGACUGUCGCCAAAUCUACGAUGGCCUCUGCCUCCGGUCGCAGUUCCUCCGCCGCCUCGGGGCGCUCCCAAUCCGCUAAGAGUGUGGCCACCAAAGAUCCGGACGCUAAUGCGGUGUCCUCUCCACAGCCCGAUAAGCAAAUAUCCCAGAUCGAAAAGAGCGUCACGCACCUCCUGGUCGCGACGAAACAACUUCUCGAAACCUUGACCCAGUGGUCCCGAAAACAGGCCUCCGAGACCGAUGUAUCCGAUGUCUAUGUCCGCCUAGGGUAUGAGUUUAACCUGGCAUGCCGUGCCUUUAAUGCCAUCGGUGUUGAAACCGCCGACCUCGGACCGGUGCCCGAUGUCCUGCGCAGUAUCCUCGAGGACACCCUGAGUCAAGAUGCAUCGUCACAGAGCCUCGACCGAUACCUCCCUCAAAUUCGCGACAUUAUUAUCAACCUCCUACAUGGUCUCAAGAAGAAACAGGCUCGCCUAAGGUCCCGACAGCAGCGAGAGGAUGCCCGGCCUGGCAUACCGGGUCGUCAGGCGAGCGCCGGAAGCUUGGCCAGCGGCCCAUCGAAUAUUGGACAGUUAUACGACGAAGCGGCUGCUUCAACGAUGCCCCAGAACACGGUGACUUCGCCGAGGCGAUCGGCUCGUCGAUAUGGGAGUAAUGGAUCACUCGAGGAUACGCCAGCGGGUUCGCGCACCUCCCCCACGCAUGGCGAGCCAAGGGGCACGAGUUACUCGGAGCGCGAAGCGUCCAGGCGGGAAACCCAGCAGAUACUCACUCAGCCGUCCCCGCCAGAAGAUGAACCGACUCCACGACCGCCCGCCCCUUCGGCCUCGACAACCCCAACGGCAUUCCCAGCUCCACCGCCACCUCCGAAGGAAGAGGAUGCCUUAGGCGCCCUGCAGCGGAGCGGCGAGCUGGAACGACGAGCGUCGCGCCGAUUCUCCGCUUAUCAGAUCCAGAAACACCUAGGUACCUCGACCAACGGAGUCCCUGUUCUCCCUACUCAGAACUCUCCUAUCCCCAAUAGGGGACGAGAUGUUCGUGAGUCUCUCAACGCUGUUCGCCUGCGAGGCUCGUAUACCCAUACAAGGCAACGCUCCUCGAACCGUCCCCAGGAAACCGCAAAAAGCGGCCCGGCGCAAGCAGCUGCAAAUAUUCCUCGGGCGGUGGAAGAGGAACAAAGCGCCCAAACCGAGGCCCCGGCGGUGGGAUCAGAGAGCGUCAAACCAACAGCGCCCUUGACCGAUCAACCUUCUCCCAUUGAGAAGGAGCUGCCGGACGCCCCAGCUACUACUAUUGAACCAACACCCGUCUUCCCGCAACCGCCCAAACGCCCGUCCCUAGGCGAUGCCUUUGAUCCCGAGAAAAGUACAGCGCAAGUUCCCGUGCCGGGCCCAGGAACACCAAGAGGGGAUCGCUUUGGCUCCCCAUCCCCCGGUAAGGAGUUGACCCUCUUCUUGCAGUACAAGAGCAAGAUCAAGAAGUAUGUGUUGCCCGAGGGUACGGCAGACCUAACUAUUGGACGGCUGCAACUUGCUUUCAUCGAGAAAUUCGCCUGGAACACCCACAACAACGGUGUCGAUCUGCCUGAAAUUUAUAUUCAAGAUCCCAUCUCGGGGAUCCGCCACGAAUUGGAGGACUUGAAUGAUGUUAAGGACCGUUCAGUCCUCGUUCUGAACGUCGAUAGCUUGGACGAGGUCAAAAAGCAUUUUGACGAUAGCUUUGGCGGUGUGCGCAGUCUGGUGGAAGGUGUCAAGGAAGCACUCGUAGGUCAAGGAACGGCCAUCCAACGGGUCUCAGACCGUCAACUUGAGGCUGCCAAGGAGAUGGCUCGUUUGGCUGCUUCUCCACCUGCAUCCAUCGCAGGCUCUGCCAGCGCUAGUGGCACUCCAAAGACCGCGAUCGCCGGAAGUCGUACACAACUCGCCGAGCUUCAGAGCUUGCGCCGGGACCUUGCCGUGCUACGGCAGACAUAUUCCAACUUUACAUCGGAUGUCACUAGCUCGAUGACCGCCGUCCGAGCCAAGGCAACCGACAUCAAGUCUGCCGCUGAGAACGCUGCUAAUGCCACCUAUGAAGGUGAUGCCGGUCGUGCGCGCGUUAACAAGGGCAAGAAGGAGCUCGCCAACGAGUCUGAGCGACUUGUCUCCCGCGUCGAUGAUUUGCAGGAUCUGGUUGAGGAUCUUCGCAAGGACGUAGUCCAACGUGGUGUCCGGCCCCUGCCACGCCAACUGGAAGGCGUCAACCGCGAUAUCAGCACCGCCAUGAAAGAGAUCAAGAAGAUGCAGGACUUCCUGGGCCGCGAGAAGCCCAUCUGGACUAAGAUCUGGGAGAAGGAGCUCCAGCAGGUCUGUGAAGAGCGAGACCAGCUCACCAUGCAAGAGGAUCUCGCAGCCGAUCUGCAGGAUGAUCUUGAGAAAGCUGCUCAGACUUUCGCACUGGUCGAGCAAGCCACCAAAGAGCAAGCUUUGGAGAAGGCUGCGAAUCCAGGGGCCACUCUGCGCGCUACCUCCCGCACCCUCGGUAUCGAUCCAACCAUUGACCCUAUGAAAGCCAAGGACAGUGUCCUCGGUGAAGUCCGCGCACUGCAACCCAAUCAUGAAAGCCGUCUUGAAGCCAUCGAGCGAGCUGAGAAGAAUCGCAAGAAGGAGCUGGAGACUCGGCGAAUCGGCCUUUUCCAGAAGGAACUCGGCUCCUUCGUCCAAGACGGGAAGUUGAAGAAGAGCGGUGGUGUGGAAGAGGCGGAGCGUCUGCGCAACGCCAAGGAUGAUCGUAUCCGCAAGGAGGUUUGGGAGAGACAGCAGGCUCGCAAUGCGGAGAUGGAAAAGGCCGAAGCGGAAGCUGCCGCUGCCACUGCUGGCGAAGAGAAGUCCGAAGGAGACGGAGCUGGUGACUCUCCAGCGGCACCGGAUAAUGAAGCUGUUACUAUUCCCAACGAAGGAGAAGCUCCUAAAGAUGAGGCCUCGCCGACAGAAGAUGCCGAGAAGAAGGAUGCCACGUGGGACCAAGCCAACUAA